UUAUAUGUAGAUAAUGUAGCUUAUGAAUAAAUAAAACGAUAAAUAUAAGAACAAACUUCCACCUUACAUGUAGGUAUUACAACUUACGUAACGUAAUCGUGAAACAUUCAACAGUAACUGUUAUUAAGUAGUAACUGUUCAACAGCAGGCUGUGAGUUUUGUAGGUAAUAUAAUAUUGAAAGUUCAAGUCCCGGUUGUUAAGGUUCGAAUCAACAAUAAAUAAUAUUAAGAUGAACCCGUGUUUGGUACCUACCCCUAAGCCAGAUUUAGACGGAGACAGACGAUGGGAAAGCAUACAUAACAGAUAUUUAGCAGAAACGAAAACAACAGAAAGUGAAAUUGUUUGGCUUGGAGAUUCUAUUUUCCAAGAACUGAAAAAUAGUACACUAUGGAAAACCAAGAUAAGCCCUCUACAUUGUACAAAUUUUGGGCUCGGAGGCGACAGAGUUAAACAUCUACUAUGGAGAAUAGAGAAUGGAGAAUUGGAUUUUAGUUCUAAUAUAAAAGUUAUUGUCCUCCUCGUAGGAACGAAUAAUACUAAUAUUAAUGAAACUGAUGUAUUCGAAGGAAUUGUUAAUCUUGUGGAUAAGAUAAGAAGCAAACAACCCAACGCUGCGAUCAUCUUGUUGACGCUCUUGCCACGUGGCCAGUUUCCGAAUAGAGUUCGCGAGAAAAAUUUACAAGUGAACAACUUUCUCAUCGAUAAGUACAAGAAUGAAAGUGAAGAAAAGGAAAACAUUCAUCUAAUACCGAUACAUGAGAACAUCGUUCAAGAAGAUGGCACCAUAUCUCACCAUGUACUCCAUGAUUACCUUCACUUAACCGACUACGCUUACACAAAAGUAUUCACGCCAGUUUAUGAAAAGAUUGUCGAACUAUUAAACGAAAAGAAAAAGUCAUAGUCGACAAUGCAAAACACCAGGUGGUAAAAUAAGUUUUAAGUCUAUUUUUGAGACUAUGUUUCAUUGUUUACAACAAUAAAAUUUUUCUACAGUCUA